UUCUUUCCUUCUUGCUUGCGGUUCAGGAGAUCAACCAUAACCCCGGGCUCUUACCCAACAUCACCCUGGGCUACAGCAUUUAUGAUACUUAUUUUGAUGGAAGAACAACUUCUGAUGCCCUGACAGACCUCCUUGCUGGUGGGAAAAUCAACAUUCCAAACUACAGGUGUGGAAGAUGGAAUAAGCUGCUGGCUCUUCUGGAAGGGGGUGAAUCCGACAUCUCCACAUACAUUGCAAGCAUGCUGGGCACCUACAAGAUCCCACAGCUCAGUUACGGCUUAGUUCAGGAUGGUGUCCAAUCCCCUUUUGUCUAUCGCAUGGUUCCAAAGCAAGAAACUCAGUACCAAGGGAUGGUCCAACUCCUACUGCAUUUCAAGUGGACGUGGAUUGGUCUCUUUGCUCCAGACAAUGACAAUGGAGAAAGGUUCCUGAGUACCUUGACAUCCCUGAUGAACGAAAGGGGAAUUUGUGUUGCCUUCACAAAAAGAGUACUACUACAAACUUGGCUGUGGUUACCCCAUGAACAGCCUGCCAUGUGGAGACAAGUCAAUGUAUUUGUUUACUACACGGGCUCUCAAUAUGGACUUUUUAUAAUCAUAGAGGUACAAUCCUUCCUUGAAAGGUUGCAAACUGGGGGUAAAGUCUGGAUAACCACAGCUCUUCAGGACACAAUCUUGUUCUAUGAUACCGAAUCCUUCCGGUAUGCCCAUGGCUCUUUGUCCUUUAUACUGAAGACCAAAAGGAGGACAAAAAUGGACUACUAUAAGCCAAUGUCCGCUACGAGUCUAAGCAUUUGGACAGAAAAAUUUGAUUGUUCAUAUUCAAAGCAUGCCUUGUCUGUGAGGGGUUGGACAAGGUGCAGGGAGAAGGAGAAUCUGAAGAGGCUGCCCCAGGAGGAGAUUGAAAAAAUUCAGUCCCAAGACAACUAUGUCAAUUACUACAGUGUCCAAAUUGUGGCUGAGGCCUUGAAUGCUGCAUAUUCAUCCAGCUCAAAAUGGAUGUUGACAGUGGGUGGUGAAAACAAAUUGGAACUUGAAAGGCUACAGCCAUGGCAGACGGUGCCUCGUUCAAGAUGCACAGAAAGCUGUCUCCCUGGAUAUUCCAGAAAAGUUCAGGAAGGGAAGCCCCCAUGCUGCUAUGAUUGCUCUCCCUGCUCAGAAGGGACCAUCUCCACUCAGGAAGAGGCUGAUGAAUGCGCCAAAUGUCCAGAAGAUCAGCAUCCAAAUGAGGACAGAGACCAGUGUGUCCCCAAAGUAAUAAAUUUUCUGUCCUAUGAAGAAUGUUUGGGGAGCAUCCUGGCUUUCUUUGCCCUCUUCUUAUCCUUAACCACAGGUUUUGUGUUAGGAAUCUUCAUUAAACACAAGGAAACUCCCAUAGUCAAAGCCAACAACAGGGACCUCUCCUACAUCCUCCUCAUGUCUCUCCUGCUCUCCUUUUUGUCCUCCUUACUCUUCAUUGGAAAGCCAAGGAAAACAACCUGCCUUCUGAGACAGACAACCUUCAGCAUCAUCUUCUCAGUUGCUGUCUCUUCUAUCUUGGCAAAAACCAUCACUGUGGUUCUGGCUUUCCUGGCCACUAAGCCAGGGAACAGGGUGAGAAGAUGGCUAGGGAAGGGUUUGGCCAACUCCAUUGUCAUUUCCUGUUCCACUGUCCAAGUUCUCAUUUGUACCAUUUGGUUGGGCAUCUCACCCCCAUUCCCAGACUCUGACAUGAGCUCCCAGCCUGGAGAGAUCAUCUUGAAGUGCAACGAAGGGUCUGUGGCCAUGUUUUACACUGCCCUUGGCUACAUGGGCUUCCUGGCUGCCAUCUGCUUCAUGGUGGCUUUCUUAGCCAGGAAGCUGCCUGGAAACUUCAAUGAAGCCAAGCUGAUCACCUUCAGCAUGCUGGUCUUCUGCAGUGUUUGGGUGUCCUUUAUUCCCACCUACCUGAGCACCAAGGGGAAGUACAUGGUAGCCGUGCAGGUCCUCUCUAUGUUGGCUUCCAGUGCUGGGCUUCUGGGCUGCAUCUUCCUUCCCAAGUGCUUCAUUAUUAUACUAAGGCCUGAUCUGAAUAUGAAGGAGCACCUGACAAGGAAAAGCUAA